AUGGGAGCACGUCAAUCUUAUCUUUACGUUUAUUUAAAGGAGAAGGACAAAGAAUGCUCUCAAAACGGAUGUGACAUUACACCUUCCAAAAAGCUUGUUUCAGGGUCAAUUGACUUUGAAGUUGUUACUUACACUUUUAACUAUAACGGAAAGGCUCCAACCGGUUUUGAUAUUUACCUAUAUGAUAGUAAAGGGGGGGUUUCUGACUCAUCAUACAUCUUUGGUUAUUGUUCUCCAAGAGUCAAUCAAGUUGCCAAAAGGGUCGAAGUGUAUUAUUCAGUUUUAGCACCAGAUAAUCCAUUAGUCGUUUCUUUUGUUACAGAUGGUACCGACCCAUAUAAAUGUGAAUUUAAUAGUCUAAGAUAUGCGAGAUGGGAUUGGGCUUCAAACAUAACCGAAUAUACGUUUACCGGUGGUCUGGUCGCGAAAUUAAAGGAACAAUAUAGGAACUUGAAUUUGAACAAGACGAUAAAAUUAGCUGUUGGAGACGAGAGUACUAAUGAUGUAGAAGUAAUACAACAUGAAAUAGACAAAGGAAAAAAGAAAUACCGUAUUAUUUACAAACCAAAGGGCCAAAAAUCUGUUUUGAAUUGCAAUUGUAUAUUUAAUCAUAAUGAAACUAUAGAUAUAUCCAAACACCUUGAAAAAAAUGGUUGUAAAGAACAUACUGCUAAAGAUACCAAAAAAUUAAUUGAUCCUUAUUGUCUAACUUCAGUUAAAGAUCACUUUUUUGAUGGAAUUAUAGUAUACUAUGAAAAAGAGAGUGAGAAUAAGUAUACUGCUUUAUACAUGGAGUUCAUUGAUUUGCGUGAUAAAGACAUAUGCCUUAAAAGAAUGGAUCAAGAAGGGUGUUGGUGGGCUGAAGAAAAAAUCGAGUACAAUGACAAUGCAGGUUUGGAGAAACAAUUAAGUACUAUAAAAACCGGUCUCCAAAAAGGUAACACCGUUCUUCUUGAUGCUAAGGCGACAUACACAGGUGUUGAAGUUACAAAUGAAACGAGUACAAAAGUUUAUAUUAAAUACAUUUACAAAUUUAAAAAUAACGAUAACCCCCUCUUCCUAUAUGCAAGACAGAAACAACAGAUAGGAAAUUUUAACAAUACAUUUACGACAAAUACUGUUCACGUGUAUUACUUGAAAGCCAGAGGUAAAGAUGAUACAGAACCUUUUUUAAUUGUAUUCUUUUCUGAUGGUAGAGCAGGUAAUACUAAGAAAGCUUAUCACUUUAAGGGUAACUAUGGAUUUGAAGAUUGGAUGGAGUUUAAUUUUGAAUUUAAAGAACCUGUUCCGGAAGGACCAGGAGGCGACCGCGAAAGAGAAUUGUUGGAAAAAUUAAAGGAUAAAUUAAAAAAAAUUGACAAAUACUGUGCUUGUUUAACUGAAUUAACGACAGUUAGGUGGUAUGCUCAUCAAAUAUUAAUUGACCCUGAAUUUAAACCUCCUGAACCUCCACCAGCCAAACCUCCAGAAAAACCUAAAGAAGAGCGACCACCAGAUGAACCUAAGCCUCUGCCAGUAUGGCUGAUUGUCGGUUGUGUUGCAGCAGGAGUAGUUUUAAUAGUUACAUCAGUCGUUGUUUAUGGUAUCUAUUGGUACAACACAACCAUCAAACUCUUGACAUAG